AUGCGUGAGGAACAGCCCAUCACUGAUGGAUCAACAAGAGGAACGACUGAAGGGCAGAUAUCAGAAAGCAGCAGCAGACCUAAACGGCGAUUGACAGAUACGCAAGGAGAAAGCAGGCAGAAUGAGGAUGACGCUCCAAAGCGACAGCGUGUUUCUAGAGCCUGUGAUCAGUGCCGCAGCAAAAAAGACAAGUGUGACGGCGCUCGGCCCACCUGUUCCACCUGCACCUUCCUGAAACGAUCCUGUUCCUACAAAUCGAAUCCGAAGAAACGAGGCCUGCCAACCGGAUAUAUCCGAACCUUGGAGCUGUUAUGGGGUGCUGUUUUUUCCACCAUCAAGGGCAGUGAGGACGUUGUUCGUGUCCUUCUGAGGACAGUGAACAUACCCGGUCACUUAGCCACGAUGAACAAGGAGGGUGACAAUCCUGACUCGUUCCUGUCUGGAUGGAAGAACAGCAUCGUGCUGAAAGAGAUUGAGAGACUGCUGACUGCACUUGAACAAUCUGACGGGGAUUCGGGAACGACAAACUUGGAUGACGGCGGAGAGGCCACUUCGAGACCUGUUGAGGUGUUCAAUUUGCCGGCAUUAAAAGAUGCCGAAUGGCAGGUUCCAGAGGGGAUGAGGCGAAUUUAUAAUGAUAUUACCGUCAACAUUGCUACUCCAGAUCCACCCUCGUUAGAUGGCGCGAGUUUGAGACGACCCCAAGAGCGUCAUUACUGCGAUGUCGCUACACAAACUGUCUCGAACGAACAACCUCCGGGACAUGUGGCAAGUGCUGCAGCUAUGAACUCGGGGAAUCAUUUGAGUUUCCCAAGUGCAGAUCGCAGUCUGAUGUCAGGGCUGAGCCUCCCAGCCAAAGCAUGGCACUUGUUCGACAUAUAUUUCGCAUACACACAUUGCUGGCUACCCAUCAUUGAGAAGCAUGACAUCCUCCGCACCGCGUUCUGUUAUAAUGAAGGGAACUUAGAGGUUUCCUGUGACUCUCGCGGUUCUGGGAAUCAUGCCGCGAUGUGGGCUAUAUUAACUCUCACCUCCUUUCAAGACGCGUCCGCUAGUCGUAAUGACGAGACCCGAGGCUCCCAUGACAGUCGACUUCCUGACGAGUUAUAUGCCCUGGCCAGAAAUUUAAUACCGUCUGAGACGGGGAAUUUUGAAAUCGGUCAUGUCCAAGCAUUACUGAUCCUUACGUUGGUCAAGCUGGGCCAGCAGGACUGGACAGCGGCUUGGAUGCUUAUCGGCCAGGCCAUUCGCAUCUCAUCCGUGCUUGGGCUAGAUCAACCAGGCACCGCCGAAUCUGAGGCGUUUUCCGAUUCGAAACUAAACACCAGACGAAAACAUGUCUUCCUCGGUUGUUUUGUGCUCGAAACUCUGCUUGCAAGCCAGUUAGGGAGGCUACCGGAACUGCAAAAAGAGCAUGUGACAAGUGUUGGCUUUCUGGACGAAGACGGUCUGGAUGAAUGGCAUCCUUGGGAGGAACCGAGCAGUCUGGUCUCAGGAAGAGGAUCUCGCGAAUUAUUUCGUCGCUGGCCAUUAUUAGCAUUGAGCACCUUUAACCGUUUGGUCUCCCUCUGCUGCAUUUUAAAUGAUAUUUGUCACUGGAAGCAAGACCGGAACAGCACUGUAUCGCGGCUGAGGCUUAUUGGCCAGGAUAUGGACCGAUGGCUUGCUGAACUACCAAAGACUUGCCGGAUUGACUUCACACCAGGACAAUCUUCUCCUUCUCCGCCUCAUGUUUUGUGUCUUCACAUUGCAUAUGAGAGCAUCGCCACGGCAUUUUAUGUCCAUGUAAGCCGGCAUCGAGCAACAGAUUUGGGUUCUGUCUCGGAGCAGGAAAAUCGUCUCCUGACAGGCUCGCGCUGCAUUUCUAUAUUGCAGCUAUACAUCAGAAGUUACGGCGUUGCAGUAACAUCCCCCGUCUUUAUAUUACUUCUCAACUUGGCGGACUGUACAAAGUACGUCUGCGAUAAUCCCAGAAUGCCCGCCUCUGUCUCUGAGCUGCGCCAAAGUCUCAGUUCCCUACAUACUCAGCUUAGCCGUGUUUGGGCGGGACAACCACGGCCUAGGCGAGAGACGAACUCGGACUCAGCAUCAGUGCCAGCAGGUUUCUCAGGUCGAGCAGAGACCUCAAGUUACUUGGACAGGACUGCUUCGCGAAGACAGACAUUCACACCAAAUACACGAGAGGGAAACCAGACAGCCAGCUUGUCGGAAAAUGGCUCUCCAGUCAUCAUAUCUCCCAAUUCGAACAAUUCACCCAACUGGUCGAGGAUUCUGUCGAAUGUCCAUGAUAAACAGCAGUCUCUUGAGACGCCAUGUCCAUCCUUGGUCCCAGACAGUCAAGUCUCCGUACAGCCAUCUCAAAGAAGCUCCUCCGUCAACGACCAGUUAAGAGGCGCAAAUCCGUCCGCGCCUCCCAAUAGUUCGAGCAUGAUGAUGACACCCGAUCCGACGUUUGCGUUACGUCCUACAGAGGCCCCUUAUCGACAACUCCUGAGCAAUUCAAACGACGGUCUGAAUUCCCUCCACGUUGACCUUGAUGGAUACGGUCAGCAGAGGCCUCAGAUUGCGCCAGAUCUGGACGCCUUAUUCGAUGAGUUGGCAUCAUUAGACGGAGGGGACAAGGUCGAUAACCAGCCUCAGUUCAUGCAGAAUCUGGGAUUUGCGCCUAACGCGGGGGUGUCGGACCUCUUUUCCGAGUAUAAUGACCUGGACGCUUUGUUAAUGUCUCCACAGCAGCGGCGUGGAGGGAAUAUUUCUUAG